GCCCAAACUUUUAGCUAAUAUUCCUUAAUUAAAAAAAUAAAAAAUAAAAAAAUCAUAUUUUUCAUUUUCAUUUUCAUUUUAUUUUACUUUUCUCAACUCUGCUUUUUAUUAAAUUCAAUUAUCAAACUGAAAAUUCAAGAUCCGAGACGAAUCGAAGAAGAAGAUGAAGUUGAAUCUGAUGAACAAGUGUUUUUCAUCAUAAUCUAGCCAUGAAUUUCACCAAAAAGCUUUCUAAUCUCGACCGUCGUAACUUUCUCAUUCUAAUUCCACCACUUUCCAUUCUCAUCUUCAUCUCCAUCUCUUUUUUUUCACCAUCAACAAAUCCAUUCUCCUCUUUCGCUCCAAUUCGAUCCUUCCUUCUCGGUCGCUCAAACUCAAUCCUAAACAACAAUGUCUCUUCCACCGCCAACGCAACAAUCUUUCUACCGAUGCGAAACGAAACGGUUGAGAUUCGGCGGCGAAGCAGGACUAGGAUGAAAAAAGAUGAGUUGCUUAGAUCGAGAAUAGCGGUUUGUUUAGUCGGCGGCGCUAGAAGAUUCGAGCUAACCGGACCUUCUAUUGUAGAAAAUAUUCUGAAACAGUAUCCAAAUUCCGAUCUGUUUCUUCACAGUCCAUUGGAUAAGAACGCAUUCAAAUUCUCUCUCCUCAAAACCGCGCCGAAGCUCGCUUCCGUUCGAAUCUUCGAACCGAAACCCAUACCGGAGACUGAGACCGAAGCUCGAGUUCUCACCGCUCAUAACUCGCCUAAUGGAAUCCAGGGUCUCUUACAGUAUUUCAACUUGGUAGAAGGAUGUUUAACACUCAUCCAAAACUACCAAAACCAACAAAACUUCACAUACGAUUGGAUAAUCCGAACCCGAGUUGACGGGUACUGGAACGGUCCGCUCCACCCAAAAAACUUCAUACCGGGUCAUUACACGGUCCCACCCGGGUCAAGUUACGGCGGACUUAACGACCGUUUCGGAUUAGGAGACCUAAACACUUCCGUUAUAGCUCUCUCACGUCUCUCACUCAUCCCAAAACUCGACUCGGCCGGGUUACACCAACUCAACUCGGAAACUUCAUUCAAAGCCCAACUCACAACCCAACGAGUUCCCUUCUUAACAAAACGACUCCCUUUCUGUGUCGUAUCGGAUCGUAAGUACGAUUUUCCUCCGGUGGGGUUCGGUGUGCCGGUGGCGGCGCUGUCGAGUCGUGGUCCACUUAGUGGAGCCAAGUGUCGGCCGUGUACGGCGGCGUGCCGCGGCGGUUGUGUGGCGGAGGUUAUGGGGAGACUUUAUAAAGGGUGGAGUUGGACUGAGUGGGGGAAUGGGACACUUGAGCUUUGUAAUGCUAGUGAGGAGUGGGAGAAAGGUUGGGAGAAGGUUUUUGAUGGUGUUGUUGGGGAGAAAUUUAGUGGUGAAAGGAAGAGAGUUGAGGGUUUGAGUUUGAAAAAGUGUGUCGAUGAUUUUGAGGUGAUGAUUAAUCGGACUGUGGUUUGGGAUGCUCCUUUGCCGGAGAAGAUUUGUAGAAUGGGCUUGAAGGCCCAUUAAAGUUGUUGUUGUGUUUGGGCUUGGGCUUGGGCUUUUGGGUUUUGAUGAUUGUAAAUUGAGAAAUAGUGUUAGUUUAUUAUACUUUUUUUUGGGUUAAUAGAAAAUAAGUUUUUUUUCUUUGGGUAGUGUUAUUAUAGUCAUUUGAAGUUAUCUUUUUUAUAUUGUAUGUCUUAUAGAGUUAUGCCAUUAAAAAUAGUAAGAAAUUGAAAUGUUUUGUAAUUGAAAUCGUAUUUACAAAAAAAUUUAUUAGUAAAAUAAA